GGGCAAGCAAAAACGUGCUAUGUUGUGACUGAAUGAGACAUUGCUCCGUGAAACAUCUACAGUCUCGACUUUAACACACGUUUAGGCGGGCAGACGGUGUCGUCUUUUAAACUGCUUAUGCAUCUUACAUUGUAGUCGCUGCAGCUUUAAAAUCCCUGAAAACUUAGCCAUAACUGUUAAGCUAACGGCUAAUAACGCUGAGGGGGAGUAACCAAAACAACACGGUAGCCCGCUGGUGUUGAGUUUAAACGCAGGUUUCUGUUAGUACGAAAGCUCAUCUGCUAACAUGUCGGCCGUGUCCAACGACUCGAGGAAACGAAGCAAGAAGCGGUAUGCGGCCGGACACCACAACAAGCGGUGGAAGGGCUCCCGGGAGCUGGAGGUGGGCAUGCAGGGGAUCCUCAUCACAUGCAACAUGAACGAGAGGAAGUGCACUUUGGAGGCCUUAAAUCUGCUCAAUGAAUACGCAGACGAGCUCUAUGGGCCCGAGAAGUUGCAGGAAAAUAAUGAAAGCAGCAGUGAAGAAGAAGAUGUUGAUGAAGCGCUGAAGAAAGAAGUGGCACAGUUGAAAGCAUCUGGAGCGAAACAGGAGGGGCGCUUCCAGGCUUUGGACAGCGGAGCAAACAAUGUCAUCUUCAUCAAAACUCACAAUCUGGAGUCUGACAAGUUGGUGCAUCACAUCCUGUCUGAUCUCUACACCACCAAGAAGAAAAAGUCACGUGUGAUUCUUCGGAUGCUACCGGUAACUGGAACAUGCAAGGCCUUCCAGGAUGACAUGGUGAAGUACCUGACUACUUUCCUGGAGCCUUGGUUCAAAACUCCAAACUGUGGCACCUACCAGAUCGCCUUCAAGGCUCGCAACAGCAGCCACAACAAGAGAGAUGACAUCAUCAAGUCAAUCGCAGGUCUCGUGGGGAAGCUGAACCCCAAGAACAAGGUUGAUUUGACCAACCCAGAACUGACAAUCAUUGUGGAGGUCAUCAAAGCAGUGUGCUGCAUCAGUGUGGUAAAAGACUAUACACUGUAUAGAAAGUACAAUGUUCAGGAGGUAGUGAAAGAGGACACACCAAAGCCUGAUGUGACAGCAGCAAAAACAGAGACUAAUGCAGCUGAGCAGAAGGAGAAACAGGACGCAGGGGACACGAACAAAGACGAGAAGAAAGGCGUCGAAGACAAUGACGACAGUGUGCCACAAGACAACAAGGAGGCUGAUAAGAGAGACGGUGGCGGGGAGUAGGAGCUCACAUUUAGAGAGGCUGAUUGUCAGAUUUUAAAUUUCUAAAAAAAGGAAAAAAAAGAAAACAUCUCAAGUUCUGUUAUAUUGUAGUGCUUUUUGUUUGAAAUUAAAGGUUCACAGCGAAGUCAGUUUUAUUUUUCAUGAUGGAUUUUAUGAUUUGACAAAGAUUUGUAAGAAUAAUUUAAUGUCAUUUUCAGUAUUCAUAAACAUAACUAUGAUACGUUGGUACCAGCUUCAUUGAGAUGUCCAUUUUUAAGUAAAUGAUUCUGAAUUAACCAUACAUAUCACCAUUCUGCAGCAAAACUGCCAUCAGCUCACUUUUUAAUGCUGAAUUUGAUUUUUCAUUAUUUUUUGCCAUUUUUACUGAAAGAAAUGGGUUUUAUUCAGGUUAACUUAUAUGUUACAUUUAGUAAUCUCUGGUUUUUGUAACUGUUAUUAUCUGAAGCAGUUCCUAAAAUAAAAUUACCCGUGUUUGACUGUU